UGCUUAAUUAAAUUUACACACUUUGUUUCAGCUAAUUAACUUAAUUAUUAUAAUCGAACUUCGCCGCACAAACAUGGAAACUUCCGCGAAACUGCUGUCAAACAAGUGACAACUCGCAACCAGCUGCAGCACAGCUUUUUCGCGCUAGACGUAAAAGGUACACAUCGCGAUUCGGUCGUCAGUCUGUUGGACACGCGCGUUCGGCAGGCAGGAAAACUCGAAGGCGUAAACAGUGAAAAAACCGUUCUCCUCUCGGUGGGUGCGUACCGUUUACGUGCGUGAAGUUGGCUGCGAGCUGCAGAAAAUCUGUGAACCGUGCGUGUGUGUUUUGCUUUCGCCCUUCCGUUCAGUUGACGGUUGCCGUCCGUGCGAAACCGUGCAUCGUAAAAUCGGGGUUUUAAAAAAAGAAUAGGGCCAAAAAUUGUAUCAAAAUUAGAGUGAAUUUUGCGGGCGGUAGGAAAAUAUAUACUCCUUGCCGGAAAGUUUCGUUCCGUAUUGCGUGAAAAAACGGUUUCAUCCUAACCGUAUCGUUGGUUGUGUAAAUGUAGGAAAACUAUUCUGCGCUGCGGCGGUAGCUGAAAGAUGUAAAGCUGUCCCGAGGUUCCCUCAGUUCAUCAAAUUAGCCGCAACCCUCGGCCCCCGGUACGAUCCGUGUUUUCCAUUUUCUCCAAUCAUCAGUCAACAUUUGCAUCAUCAUCAGUAGCAACAAUAGCAUCAACGGGGCACAACAAUCAACCAUCGAUCCAAGGAAAAACCGCGUCAUCGUUCCAUAGAUGCGCUGCCGGACGACAAACACUUGCGUUGCGAAUUUGAGCUGACGCGUUACUCAAGUCCUAGUUUCCUAACAGUCGUUGUGUGGGAAAGAAAACUGCGAAUUGUUAACAAAACCGGAUUUGUUUUGGUGUGUGUACAGAUUGACGCAAAACCAUUACAUUUGACGUCCUUGUGGAGGCGGAAGCUGUAAAGGAUAACGUUUGUGAAGAAUUCAACGAAAAACAAAACAAAACCGAUUGAAAAAAAAGAAAAAUGUGGGCAGGAAGCGCAUCCCUUCGGUUGAAAAAUCAUUUGAUAAACGUCACACCACUAACGUUGAUGCUGCACAGUACUGUUCGUGUGUACGUUCGUGUUGGCUGUUAAUAAAAAUUGCUCAUCCGCGGUACCGUUCAGUGUAUUGCAAUUGUAAAAGUCGAGCAGAUUUUGUGUUACGUACGUCACGCAGCCACCCCCGGCGUCUCUGUUACCGUCACGAUCCUACCUGUCAAUCUUGUUCGAUAACAAAAACGAACAGUGUGUCAAGCAACAACAAAAAAAGAGAAACCAAGUACAGCGGAUGCGCUGUAUCGCGCGUCCUGAAACGUUGGUGAGUGUUUCGUGUGUUUAGUACAUUGCUGUGGCAGGGAAAAGGAAGAAGCGAAAGAAAACAAAAGUGAGUGAAUGUUUGUUUUGGUUUUUGUUGCUUGGAGCAAACGUAGUACUGCCGCCAUUAGUGUACGGGUAGUCGAAACCCCGUAUGUCAGCGUCGCUACAAAACCGCUUGUGUCACUAUCAACCUCAAUCAAAACAGAUAAUCUGUAGCUCCCCGGGCAGUAACUCACACCUUGACGGUGCCUGUUAACGUCAGGUGUGAUUCCUUUUCCUCCGCCCCACAUGCUCAGCGGCACAGGGUGAUCAGUGACAAAUUCCGACGGUGUUUAUGUACGUGCGUGAAAAGUGUUUACGAGUGUGUUUACAUUUUUGUUCUUCGUGUCGCGAUAGGCAAAUUAAGUAAGAAAAACGCUACCAACAAAGCUAGAACCUCCAAAGAAAAGUGCGAUAGUAACAUCCAUUUUGCCCAAUCGGUAACAAUCUGUAUUUCAAUCAAAAACAAUUUUGUGCGUCUUUACCAUACCGAUCUCAGUUCAAGGUGCUGUUUCUAAAAUCUCGUGUUUUUGUUUCGUGUAAAGAACGUUUUUUCAAACGAUUCUUUGGUGGCUGAGUGUAUGUGUGUGUGCAUGUGAUUACAAUCAACCUCACCUUUCCCGCUCAUCCAUCGAUACACACAUACACACAUAUUUUCACGGUGUGACGUUAACAGGCAGCUUCACGGGGAACUCACUCCCGUGCUAAAUAUAUCGGUUUAGUUUUUUGUUGUUGGUUCUCCCGUUGAUUCACUCAUAAAACACACACACACACACAUACUGUUCCGAUCUUGGUGUUUCCUGUCAUAGGGCACCGCGCCGCAUCUUUGCUGACGCGUGAGCGCAGUUGCAACUGCAUGCGAGCGUACUCGCUCGCUGCACUGCUGCCAACAUGCUCUCCUACAUGCUGCCAGUCGAGGAAAAAUCGCCAUCCGCAGCGGCUGCAGCAGCAACGCGUAAUCUAAGCCUCAACCUGACCACAACAACCACAGCAACCGCAACCGGUGGAGGUGGUAGUGGUGGUGGUGUUGUUGUUGUUGGUGGUACCGUUUCUACCGGUGGUGCUGCUGGUGCUACGAUCGUGCGCGAGUGUAACGCUGGUUCCGGUUCCGGUGCUGUCACCACGGCCAGUACGUCCAGUGUCGCACAGGUGCGCUCCAUCAUCAAGCCAACAAUCAAACACGGUGCAAACCAUCGCUAUCAGCUGAUCGGUGGUGGAUCGGAUGUCAAAACGGUCGGUGCUGGUGCUGGUGGUGCAGGUGUAGAGGUGCGUCAAACCCGCUGGCAGGACGAACCGGACGGUGAGGCGGAUCUGUGUGACGAAAGCACCAAUCUGCUAUCGGCUGGCGGUGAAGACGAAGACGACGACGAACGGGAAGCGGUUGACGGCCGGUCACGGCACGGUGGUGCGGUGAAGAGUGACAAAAACUUCAACAAUCUCAUCCUGGUAACGAACGGUCGGCACGCGAAACCGACCAACGGUAAUCAUGCGGGUCCAACACCGAAGCUGGCCAGUGUACUGAAACCGACGAACGGUGUCGGAAGUGCGGGUCCUGUACGACCCGGUAGUAGUAGCAGUAACAGUGGCACUGGUGGUAACCACACCAGCACUGGUGGAGGUGGUGCCUACUAUAAUGGCUACAUAGCCGUCAGUGGUGAGAACGAUGAUGAGCACCAUCGGCUGCUGGUUAGUGCAAACAAUCUGCGGAAUACGUGUGUUGAGCCGCACCAGGAGUGGAACGCCCACAGUCGAACCGGUUCCGGUGAGGGCACUGUUCCGGUGGUCACCGAUCUACCGAGGUCUGGUGGCACCUUCACCAGUAGCACGCGCACCAACGGCAACUGCCGCACGAUGAACAGUCUGAACGGGAACCUGAUGGGGUCGGAACCGCCAGCGGUUGCACCAUUGCCACUGGAACCGUCCGAGAUCGGUGGUGGUGCGGCUGACGUUUCCCUUGGCAGUGAUUCGGACUCGGCCACUGGUGCUGGUGGUUCGGGCUCUGCCACAACCGGUGGCGGUAAGAAGGUGAAACUGAACAAGCUUGGCGGUAACAAGAACGUCACACUCAAAAGAGUAUCGUUCGGCUCGUCCAAGGGUUCGAUGGUGGAAACGCUCGUGUUCGAGACGCCUACACCCCUGCCAGAGCAUGCCGAGCGGGAGUUCUUUCAAUCGCCGGCCGUGCUGGCCGGUGCAGGACACACGACCGUGUACAGUGGUGGCAGUGGUCCGCCCGGCAAUCUAGUGCAUCACCAUUAUCCGACCACCGGACUGUCCGGGAUGCAUCAUCCGCAUCACCAUGCACCGCACCAUCACCACCAUCACCAGUACCAUCCGCAGUAUUCCGGAGGCUACCAUCCGCUGGACGGUGGUACGGGCACGGGAGGACCGCACGAUGACAGUGGUAUCGAGCUGCAGGAAGAAGUAGAGCGCUCGAAGGUGCGUGUAUCGUUCUUCCAGAGCAGCAAACCGCAAUCAAUCAGUCCGCCGGAGUCGCUGCACCUGUACGGUGGGCAAAGUUUGAUACAUUUCGGUAGCGGCGGUACCGGUGGUAGUGGUGGUGUUGGCGGCUAUGAUAACAACAACUCACCGCUAGACACCUACAUCACCUCGGCAGCACUCAACCAACAGUACGAUUCGCUGACCAGCCAUCAACAGCAGCACGCACACUUUCAUCCGGACCACCGGGAUCCCAACAUGGCGGCUGUCUACGGAGGUACCAAUGUGCCGCCGACGGUGUUUAACCGACAAAUGAGCACCGAAUCCGGCUGGGACAAUCCAUUCAGACCGGGCGGAGACCUAUCGAGGGAAGCAGAUGAAAUAGUCAAUCUGAUCAAAGGUGGCAAACCGAUCACACCUACCGGCGACCAAAGUUUAGUGAACGGAAGUACUCCUAAGGAUAGUCACAGCACCGACGACCCAGACACGACGGUUGUAGAUGGUGCGAUAACAAAGCACGAGUCCUCGCAAUUGCAAGCGGCCCAGCAGAAUGGCACCAAAUCGCCCCACAAAUCGCCCGGCGCGGGUGCAACCGGUUCACCUGCGUUGGCGGCGAAAAAUGGAACCACCACCGGGGCAGAUGGCAGUACGGUGAACAGCAGCACGACACCGAUCAGCAAUCAGGUGAUACCGGGCCCGCAGUCCGCUUCGCACGUCGUCAUCGACGAGAAGAAAAAGAAAAAGUGCACCUGUUGCGUUAUACAGUAAGCAACAUCAGCUCGACAGUGUAGUGAUGUUGUGUAUGCGUGGGUGUGUGUGUGUGUGGAUGUGUGCAAAAUGCAAUACAAAAUGGACGUGAACAAAACAAAAAACACGUUAUCUGCGCUAUAUAUCGUUAUACAUAUGCAUAUAUACAUAUAUAUAUAUAAAUAUAUAUUUGUACGAACGCAGAUGGCAAAACGUCGUAUGGGCAUUGAAUGGAGGGAACAGAAAACAAUUACAUACAUAAUAUAUUUAAAGAAAACACACACGCACGCGCUCAUACAUGCACCUCAACUACAUCUAUUAGCGCAACAGACGUCGAGUGAGGCGAAUGGGACACGUGUCGAUACCUAUUUCUACGUCUUCUUCUGCUGUGAGAUGCUGAUGAGAAGAGGGUUUUAUGCUAAGAAAAUCACCUUUUGCUGCUUGUUUGAUGUUUAGGAAGAGCAUUGUGGCUUCUGGUAGUAGGUAGUCCAGGACUAGCCCGACCGUACCAUGCAGCUAGUAAUAAGGUAGAAGAGCGCGGAAACCGAAAUGCCGAAGAUCCUUUGUAAAACAUAACCCGACCAGGUAAACCAGGAUGAACGAUGACGAUCCGUUUAGUGGUUUAGGUUUAGGAGGAGGGAGCGAACAGAUGAGUGUGCGCAUUUGUGUGGGUAUCAUCCCAAACUCACAUACAUACAUACAAACACACACACACACAUAUGGACAACUUUGUGCAAUGUAGUGCGAUAUGAUGACGGAUGAUCAGUGAUCGAAGCGCAGGACGAUGUUGACGAAACAUUAAGCACAUAGUCAUUAGCAACACUUAUGGUUUUUACACCUGUGUUUGUUUUUAAUCCGAAUGCGUGGCUGCAUACACGCAUACACGCCCAGACUGACAAUCGAUAUUAAUCCGCUUGUCAGUCGUUUGUUCUUGCUCUCUUUCAAUCCUGUUUCGUUUUACAUGUAUGUUAGUCAUGUUAUUAAAUCCCUGCUAAUUUCACACAUUUAUCUUUUUUUUCGGGAACUUGUGUGUGCGUGCGUGUAUGUGUGGCGUAAAUUACAUCACGAAUGUGUGUGCGUGUGUGUUUAAUGGUGAACUGCAUUCGUUUUUCGGAUUGGUGGUUUAAUUGUACUUUAUGUUAUAUUUUAGAACUUUUAAACCCAUUGUAGGAAAAGAAGAGAAUGUCUGAGUUUGUGCACAAAUUGAAGGCACCUACUCUAUUUUAUCCAUCCCCACCCAUACAUACACAUUUAUACAUGGACGGUACACACUCCUACACAAUUUAAUGGCGUAUAAAGCUAUGCAUAACAUUUAUUGUUAGAAACUUAGUAUUAAAAAGACGAACGACUGUAGACGAGAAUUUAUAUAUGUACACACCCAGACACCAACACACGCACACAUUCGCGCACACGGUAAAAGAAAGGAUGCAAAAUUUAUAGUUUUGAAAACGGGGCGGAACGAAACGAAAGUACAGAGUCGAAUGUCGAAUUGUACAGAGGAUUGUUGCAUUUUUUUGUACAGCGGAUUUAAGCGUAUGUAUUGAUGUGUAUCGAUGGGAUGAUGAUGAUGAUGUUAAAUGGUAGUAUGUCACUAAUAAUUGGUUUUGUUUAUGUUAUGCAAACAUUUACUAGGGAAAUUAAGCGAACGAUAACAGGAAACGAUUUAGUGUAUGUGAUAAUAUGUGCACGUUCCAAGAGAGAACUUAAUAGGCAGGAACAUUUUCUUUGCAUCUUCGUACACACAUACACCAAAAAAACAAUUAACUACCUUAGCUGCUUACCUUUCUGAUUGAGUUUAUUUGUAGAUUAUAGCGUUGGACUUGCAAAAAGCGAACGAGGAAGAAUGCAUGGGUUAAUACUUCGAAUUUUUCUACCUCAGUCCUGUAGCUAAUUAGAAACUUGGUGAACAUUUUUGUAUUUGAAGAUGUCGUGUUAGCAUGGCCAUACAAAAAUGUAUCCAAGCGCAGUUACGAUUCGUCAAACACCAACUAUUAAAACAUAGAAUUGACUUGUAGUACUAACUAACAACUGCUGCUGCUUCUUCGUGAGCUGCAACCACAUACAAAAAUUUUGUAGAAUCUUUGUUUUUUGUAGAUAGUGCGCUAUCUACUACUACCAGAAGCUAUACUUGUCAAGCUAUACUAUCAUCAAUGAGAUGCUGGUGUUGGAAUUGUUCGUCUACAUGAAGUACUGCCAUCUUGCACUAAUGGAAGCAACCUGAAAGGAAUUUUGGCGCGUGUUAAGCGACCAAUAUACAUAACUCCGCAUACACACAAAAACACAUCAUCAUCACUCAUUAUGAUUUCCAAUGUCAAGGACUGUAUGCGAGAAUCAUCUGUACAAUUGUUUCAUACUUUCGUAUUUGUUCUGUUCUAUACCCAUCACUAUCGUUUGCGCUACACUAUCGCCACUAAACCCACACACACAUAAACAAACGGGCUAAAAGCCAUUCUUGUGGGCGAUAAUACACACAAGUACACUCAAAUAUAUUCACUAAAUCGAAAACAAAUGUGAAAAUCGGGUGACGUUGUAGCUAAAUAGGGAGAAAGAAAUAAACAAAGUGACAAAAAUAGUAUCUGUAAAAAAAACAAAGGAAACAAAGAAAGCAAGGAAACGAAAGAUGCGACUCUUAGAAAAGGAAAGAUAGAGAACGGAUGAUGUUUAGUGUAGCGUAUUAAAAUAUUAAGUGCGAGAAGGAAGAAAGGCGAAGAUGUAAAGCGAACUAAUUUGCAAAGGGUAAGCGAAAAGCGAAGGAAAGCUGACCGGACGUCUGGGCGAGGGAAAAAAUAUAUAUACUGAAAAAAAAACAGUGUCUCCCAAGUGAGAUGAAUUAUUCCGAACAAUUUAGCGAUUCGGAAAUGAAAAAGUGAAGAGUGAACACACACACAUACAUACAUACAUACAUACAUACAUAUACAUACGAAAGCGUACACACACGCGUACAAUUGAUGUGCUCUAGUAUUCAAAGGUAUGUCGCCUGUUGAGGUUAGGUUGUACGCUACUCUCAUAUAUUGAUUUGUUUGAAGCAAAUCGAUAUGUUUCAAAAUGGUUUUUUUGUGACGUUAAAGAGAGAUAGUGGAAGAGAGGUUUGGUAGAAGGAAAGCGUUGGAAAAAAAGAAUAAAAACCCACGGAGACAAACCGAAUGAAGGAGGAAAAAAACACAAACACACAACAUACACCCAGAAUCUAUUUAUUAUAUUGUAUUGAAAUCUAAAACAAAAAAAAAUAAACUAGACAUAUAGUAGUGUAAGAGCUACCACAAGAAACAACAGAGGAACAGAGUAGCAAAACACAAAACCAUUGCAUUAGUGUAAUAAGUGCAAAAUGUGUGCUAUCCUGGGCGUACGUGCGGUGUAUUAGCGUUGUAAAGAAAGAGAAAAAGAGCGAGAGCGAUCGAGUACAACCGAAAGGAAAGCUAAGCAACUAAGCACACCUGGCACGCCGGAUGCUGUUGGUGUGUUUACCGCUGAUUUCGAUUCACUUUGCCGCAGCACUUGUUUCGUGCAUUCAUAUUCCCUUUCGCGUACGCACUUGCCGUGCGGUGUUACAGUACAGUAUCAUCCUAAUAUUGUGCUGAUGUAGAAAAACCACACACAAACGGUAACAAACCCGCAAAAUGAUACUAACACCUGUUCAGUUGUCACAGCAAGAUGAAACAGGUGUCCUGUUUUUGUUGCGGCAUGGCUGAGUGUUGUUUGCAGAACAGGUGUUUGAAGGUGUGCAUGUUCACUUUACAACUGGAACAAAGGAAAAGCAAGAGUGUGUCAGAGUAAGAGAGAACGAGAGAAAGAGUAAAUGAUGCGAAAACGAAAAGAAGGAAAAUUGCAGCCUAGAGUGCGAACGGUACGCGAAAGUGCACCCCGGGUAAAAUUAAAAAAUCGAAAUCGAAGUAGAUGAACAAAGCUACAGCAACAACAACAAAAGAAAAAGAUGUUAACUAUAUGAUGAUCCCGCUAUUAAAAAAGAAAGAAAAAGAAAGAUAUUUCAAUAAAGAAGAAAGCAAAAACUCUGAA